AUGAAUUCUAGGUCGCAACAAGAGAACAAUCCUUCGCCUUGCGAAGAGUUUUGCGUGAGAGAGGAAAAUCUGGCGCAAGUUCUUGCGAGAUGUACUCAAGAAGAUACAAAACCUGAUGAGGUGAUUGUCCCUAUGGUGGAAACGCAAAAAAGUCUGCCGAUUUUGCAGAUGGAUGCUCAAGAAGAUACAAAACCUGAUGAGGUGAUUGUCCCCAUGGUGGAAACGCAAAAAAGCCUGCCAAUUUUGCAGAUGGGGUUGCCGCUUCCGAUUAUGGCAAGGGAAAGUGAAGAGAGAGAAGGUGGAGGACUGGUUAUCGGCCAGAAUAUAGCUGUUGACCGAUUUUAAGGAAAGGCUUUGGGUAAAAUAGUACGUCCCUUGGAGGUUGGGAAAAUUCACAACAUUGAUCCAACAUUACAAACAUUCCUCUCUAUGGUAUACCUCGACGCUACUUGCUUAGAUGAAUCGCUUGGAGUGCUACCCGAGCGAAAGGAAUCGGAGAAGAAAUUAGUUGACGAGAUCAAAAAGAACCAAGGGCGUACCAUCAUAAUUCCCAUACCGAAAGUCGGCAUGGAAGAUACAUUGGCUGGUCUAAGCCAAGAACUUUCGGUAUGCAAAUGCAAUAUUAUCGCACUCGAAACGAAGCCCUAUUUUAGGUACCUAUAUUGGUGA